AAGUAUCAUCGUUAGAAACGAAAAAAGUUUAAAUUAUUCCAUGAAAAUACCAUACAGUAUUUUACGAGCUAUCGGUGUUUGGCCAAUUUUAAAUGACGCAUCGUUCAUUGAAAAAUUCAUUAGUUUCAUAAUGAAGUGCAUUUGUUAUUUUUUCUUUGCAUUCAUAUUGAUACCAGGAUUUUUGCGUAUAUUUUUAAUUGAAAAAAGUACGAAACAAAAAUUGAAAAUAUUCGGACCACUUUACUGGGAAAAUAUUAUUCUUCCUGAGGAUCACGAAUUUAUGAUGUCUCAGGCUAGAAUAGGAAGAAUACUUGCAACAAUGUCGAUUUCUUUUAUAUACGGUGCUGGAAUAUUUUAUCGUACUUUCUUACCACUUUCCAAAGGUUCUGUAGUUGUUGGUAAUAUUACUAUAAGACCCCUUGCUUGUCCAAGUUACUUUGUAAUAUUCGAUGAGCAAAUAACACCAGCAUACGAACUCGUAUUUAUCGGUCAAUUUCUUGGUGGUUUUACCGUUUAUACCGUUGGUAGUGGAGUUUGUGGAUUGGCUGCUUUUUUGAUUAUGCACGUUUGUGGUCAAUUACGUAUACUGAUGAGAAAAAUGAAUGACAUCGUUGAUGGACAUUAUUCUGAUGAAAUUAAUCCCAAAAAACGUAUCGACGAAGUCAUCCGACAUCAAAUCAGAGCAAGAAAUUUUGUUAAAGAUGUAGAAGAAAUUUUGCAGUAUCCUUGUUUAGCAGAAAUUAUGGGCUGCACUAGUCUCGUUUGUCUAGUUUUAUAUUAUUUAGUAAUGGAAUGGGAAAAUAGCGAUGCAACCGGUCUCGUAACUUUUAUUUUACUUCUCGUAUCUUUCACCUUCAACAUGUUCAUAUUUUGUUACAUCGGAGAACUUCUAUCGGAACAGGGUUCAAAAGUAAGCGUAACGUCUUGUACCUUAAAUUGGAAUUGUUUAUCGGUAAAGGAUACAAAAUGUUUGAUACCAGUCAUACUUAUGUCAAACUAUCCAUUAAAAAUCGUAGCUGGUAAAUUGAUGGACAUGUCAUUGAGUAAUUUUAACAACAUAAUUAAAACUGCCGUUGGUUAUUUCAACAUUUUACGAAGUAGCGUCUAA